GUGUAGUCAUAAUAAAAGGCUGCAUCUAUCUCUCAUCUAUCUCUGUGAUCACACCAUCAUUUUCUUAAUUUCUGCUAAAUCUUGGGUUUUUGAGAAUGACUAAGGAAAAGAUUUCAUGGAAAUCUGUGAUCCCAUGUUGUUACAAGCCUGAUGAAGAAGAGCUGCUGGGAGGGUCCAAGAAACAGCCCAGAAAACAAAGCUCAUUUCAGAGGCUAUCUCUGUCUGAUUUUGAUGAUCCCACCUCUCCCCUCUCUGCAGAUGAUCUUUCCAAUUCCUUCAUAGGUGCCAAGCUCCAUAAGUUCACCUUCACUGAGCUCAGAGAGGCCACACACAGCUUCUCGUCGCUUAAUCUCCUAGGUGAAGGCGGAUUUGGACCGGUCUACAAAGGAUUCAUCGAUGAUAAGCUGAGGCAAGGCCUAAAAGCUCAGCCUGUUGCUGUUAAAGUUCUCGACACUGAGGGCCUCCAAGGCCACAGAGAAUGGCUUACUGAAAUAAUAUUUCUUGGGCAGCUAAGGCAUUCACAUCUGGUUAAGCUGAUUGGGUAUUGCUGGGAGGAUGAAUACAGGCUGUUGGUAUAUGAAUAUAUGGCCAGAGGGAGCCUGGAAAACCAACUCUUUGGGAAGUGCUCGAUAGCGUUGUCGUGGGGAACAAGGAUGAAGAUUGCAGUGGGAGCAGCAAAGGGUCUGGCUUUUCUCCAUGAAGGUGAUAAACCAGUGAUUUACAGAGAUUUCAAGGCUUCUAACAUUCUAAUAGACUCUGAUUACACUGCUAAGCUUUCAGAUUUCGGGUUAGCCAAGGAUGGUCCAGAAGGGGAUGAUACACAUGUGACGACACGAAUAAUGGGAACGCACGGUUACGCUGCACCCGAGUACAUCAUGACAGGCCAUCUGACAACGAUGAGCGAUGUGUACAGUUUUGGAGUGGUUCUGUUGGAGCUACUAACAGGCAAAAGGUCGUUGGACAAGGCCAGGCCUAGUGGCCGACAGAAUUUGGUCGAGUGGGCUAGGCCGCUACUAAGGGACCCCAAGAAACUUUCUCGGUUCAUAGACCGAAAACUUGAAGGGCACUAUUGCACCACGGGGGCUCAAACGGCCGCCCUCGUGGCCUACAAGUGCUUGAGCCAUUCUCCUAGACCGCGCCCUAUAAUGGCCGACGUGGUCAAGAUCUUGGAGCCACUCCAGGACUUCAAGGACUCCUCAUCACAGCAGGCUCAGACCCCAGAUUUGAUCAAUGGCUGUGAUUCAAAUGGUGAAGGGAAGAGCAACCGGAAGCGUCGGAUCAGACUCAGAAGAGUGAUGGCUUCUUAUUCAGAUACUGUCCUUUACAAGAAACAUGGAAAUGGAAAGCACUAUUUGAAGCAUUGCAGUGAGGAAUAGUGAAAAUUUAGUCCAUAGGAAA